UUACCUUUUAUCAGCAGGGAGACUAGAGUGCAGAGCUGCUUGGCUGAGCGUCGACUUUGUUGAAGGGAACGGUUUGCCUCAAUGGCAUCUGGCGACCGCCUCUCAGUGUCUUGUGACCCCCCAGGGCAUCCUGACCCCCACAUUGAGAACCACUGCCCUAAGCAACAGUUGUGUUGUCACGUCCUGUAAUGAUGAACUGACUUGAUGAUUUAAACCACCAGCUUCUCCUGGUGCAGGCCGGAAUGGACUCCUGCUACGACGAGGAAGGCGCCCCGAGCCGCUGCAUGCCCGAGUUUGAGAACAUCGCUUUCAAUCAUACCAUGGUGGCAUCAAACGUGUGCGGCUCCCCGCCUGACGAGUACUGCAUGCAGACCAGCUCAUCACGCUUGUGCCACUACUGUAACGCAUCGGACCCGAGCCUCAGUCAUGAUACCAGCCUCCUGACGGACUUCCACAGAAACGACGAGCCCACAUGGUGGCAGAGCCAGUCCAUGUUUUAUGGUACCCAGUACCCGAAUUCUGUCAACCUCACCCUUCACCUCGGCAAGGCUUUUGACAUAACCUACAUACGACUGAAAUUCUACACCAGUCGACCAGAGAGCUUCGCCAUCUACAAGCGCACUCAGGAGGACGGGCCCUGGUUGCCUUACCAGUAUUACAGCGCCUCGUGUAAGCAGACCUAUCACAAGAAUUCAAAGACUUUCAUUCGCCUCGGACAGGAUGAGCGGACAGCCUUAUGUACCGAUGAGUUCAGUGAUAUCUCUCCGCUCACUGGAGGAAAUGUGGCGUUCUCCACGCUGGAGGGACGGCCCAGCGCGUACAACUUUGACCAAAGCCCGGUGCUGCAGGAAUGGGUGACAGCGACUGACCUGCUCAUUUCCUUGGACAGGCUCAACACCUUUGGAGACGAGGUCUUCAUGGAUGCCAAAGUGUUGAAGUCUUACUUCUAUGCCAUCUCAGAUUUCUCUGUGGGUGGAAGAUGUAAGUGUAACGGUCACGCCAGCGAGUGCGUCACGGGGGAACACGGACGUCUGGUCUGUUCCUGCCAGCACAACACGGCGGGAGACGACUGCCAGAGAUGUCAUCCAUUCUACCAAGACAGACCCUGGGCCAGGGGCACAGGGGACUCAGCCAAUGAGUGUUUGAAAUGCAACUGCAGUGGGAGGUCAGACGAUUGUGUGUUCGAUGCGGAGCAGUACCGGAGCACUGGCAGUGGGGGGCGCUGUGUGAGCUGCAGAGACAACACUGAUGGGCCCCAUUGUGAACGAUGCAGAGAGAACCAUUACAGGAAAUCUGAUGAGGAGCCCUGCCUGCCCUGCAACUGUGAUAUAAAUGGUUCCGUGAGUCUGCAGUGUGAUGUCGAAGGGAGGUGUUCAUGCCGAGCUGGCGUGACAGGAGAGAAGUGCGACACAUGCCAGGCUGGUUUUCACUCCCUUGGCCCUGGUGGCUGCAGGCCGUGUGAGUGCAAGCCCAGCGGCAGCGUGGACGUCUGCUCUCUUCUGGAUGGACGAUGUCACUGUAAGCCGAACGUGGAGGGCCAGAGCUGUGACAGAUGCAAACCAGGCUUUUUCAACCUACAACUGGACAACGAAGCAGGCUGCCAACCGUGUUUCUGCUUCGGACACUCACUGGCCUGUACCUCCUCCAGUCACUACACUGCUGUCAACAUCACCUCUGAUUUCAUUGAAGAUCAGGACGGAUGGGUGGGCAAGUUCUCUGCGGGGCAGGAGUACCCCCUGCUGUGGAAGGAGGGUGAAGUCUACCUGCUGCCUCUAACAGAAGAAGACAUCGGCUUCUACAAAGCCCCUGAGAAAUUCCUGGGUCACCAAGCCUUCAGCUAUGGCCAGCUCCUCUCCAUCACCUUCACCUCUGAGACGGUCGAGCUGCUUCCCAACCACGCCACCCUGCUCCUCCAUGGCUCUGGAAUCACCCUGUCCGCCAACCUUUCACCCCAACCAGUGCUCCACCAUGACCCUGGCCUCACACCACGACACUCUUUCAUUGUCAGGCUCCACGAAAACGAGAGGAGAUUUAAACCUUCAUUGACUGCCCUUGAGUUCCAACAUCUCUUAUACAACCUGACAGCACUCAGCAUUAGCAACGCUGGAGGACACAACUACACAUCACAGCUUGCAAGGGUAACCCUGACCUCAGCUGUCAUCUCAUCUGGUCCCGCCGGUCCUCCUGCCCCAUGGGUGGAAUCCUGUUCCUGUCCCUUGGGAUUUGCUGGCCAGUUUUGUGAGCAGUGUGCCCAGGGAUACACUAGGGAAAACCCUGGAAAGGGGCCUCUCUCAGCCUGUGUGCCAUGCAACUGCCACCAGCAUGGUACUUGCCAUCCCAAGACAGGUGUCUGUGAGUGCUCAGACUUCACCACAGGGAUGACCUGUGAGCACUGCCUGGAUGGUUACUUUGGCAACGCUUUGAUUGGCACACCUGGUGAUUGUCAGCCCUGCCCCUGCCCGAACCAAAGCAGCUGUGCUCAAAUUGCACAGACAGGACAGGUGGUGUGUACCAACUGCCCCGCAGGACAGACCGGGAUGCGCUGUCAGAGGUGUGAAGACGGUUACUAUGGUGACCCCCUGGGACAGUCUGGCGCUGCUCAAGCGUGUGUUAGAUGCGAAUGCAACGGCAAUGUGGACUUCAACGCUUUAGGAAUAUGUGACCACGUCACGGGACGAUGUCUGAAAUGCGUGGGACACACGGAGGGAGACCACUGCGAGCGCUGCCGGAGGGGUUAUUAUGGCGACGCCCUCAACCAGACAGCUGUGCAGAAGUGCAAGCUAUGUGGCUGCAACCAUGCCGGAACAUCUGGGCACUUAAAUGAAUGCCACCCUCAGACAGGAAGUUGUCGCUGCUUGGGUCAUGUAACCGGACGUGAUUGCAGCUUUUGUGAAGUUGGAUUCUUCAACCUCCAACCAGGUGUAGGAUGUGAAAGGUGCAAGUGCAACCCAGUUGGCUCCUCGUCUAUUGCGUGCCAUCCAAUCACAGGGCAGUGUGUGUGUAAUGCAGGAGUGGAGGGGAGACUUUGUGAUUCUUGCCGUGUGGGCUUCUUUGGAUUCUCAUCACGAGGUUGCAGAGCCUGUAACUGUGACCCCAUGGGCUCCAUCUCCAUGCAAUGUCACAGCAACGGCACCUGCCACUGUCGCCCAGGCUUUGUGGGUUAUAAGUGUGACCAAUGUGAGAUGAACUAUUUCCACAACAGGGUCACACAUCAGUGUGAGGAAUGCCCGGUUUGUUACGGCCUUGUCAAGAAACAGGCGGAAAAGCUGAGGACUCGCCUGCAGGAUUUGGAGAAGCUUCUGGCUCGCUUUGAUUGCCGUGGUAGAUUUGGGAAGCAGCACCACCUGCUGAAGUAUCACAUGGCCCGGCUUCACGAGCAUGAGCAUCAGAGGGAGGAUACUCUACCAAACGCUCUGGAGGAUUUUCUCGCCUUCCAAGAAGCACGGGAGGCCUUCAUAAAACAAUUUUCCUUGCUGGAAGCUUCUACAGGCACACUCCUAGCUCAGCUGCAUGGCAUUACAUCUACUUUGAACUGCAGCCUCAGCAUGACAGAGGAGGAGAGGGAGGAGAGCAGGCAGGAUGGAGGGAGCACGGCGGUGUGUCAAACUUUCACUGAGACUGUUUUGGUGAUCAGAGCGUCUCAAAAACAGUUAAAGCAGGCAACACUGGAUCUUGACAAUAUGAUCAUUCCUUUUGAGCUGGAGUCAGGACCCAACAAAUGGAACAUGAUGGUGAAUGAAUCACAGGUCCUCAUGAAAAGCCACAGAGAAACAGCAGACCACAUUGAGGCCAUAGCCAGCGGGGCGGUUCAAGCCUCAAAGCAGACCUUCAGUUUCCUGAUGGAUCUGCUGCAGGACAACUCCACCGAGGAGUACAUCAGGAGCCUAACAGAGCAAAUAAAACAAAUGGAGCAGCAGAAGGAGAACCUGACAGCACAGGUGAAUGAAACUGUAGCCAAACAGUUGGCCCUGGAGGAGGAAGAUGCAGGUUUAAAGCUCGCCCUGGGUAACAUCACGUCAUCCUUUCAUCAGCUGGCUCUGACGGAUGCCAGCUUAUCACCGGGGCCGGCCCGCACACAAUUCAACCAAACACAGCUCCACAACCACACAGGAGAGUGGAACGAGAGCCUGAUUAAACAGACAGAGGAGCUGGACCGGCAAAUCCAGACCCAAGACAUAGUAAUUAAUACGAUCAGAGCCAAAACAGAGACUAUGAAUCAGACAGCCAAUGAGAAGAUAGAGAAGAUAACGGAUGACUUCAAUAAGCUACAAGCUCACACCAAAGGGGCAAAGGUCAAGGCUUUGUCAGCUGUGGUGACAGGAAAAGAAAUGGAAUCAGACGCAAUCGCCCUGCACAAGGAACUACAAUACAUGGUGAAGGAGUGGCCCCACAAGCAGGCCCAGACUAAGGCUGCGGUAAAGAAGGAAAAGCCCCUUGAGGAAAAAGUUCUUGCUGAUGUCAGAAAAAAGGUCUCACAGAUUGAGAAGAUGCUCAAACCAGCUCUGGAAAACUCCAGCCUUUCCAGCAACACCACCAAGGAGGCAGAACAGACAGCACACGCUGUGGCCAAGGAAUCCAAAGCCAUUCUGACACAGGCCAAGCAUACCAGGACGGCUUCUGCUCACCUAAGCUCCCACCUGGACUCUGCUUUACGGCAGCUAACCAAACAGGAGACACUGACUAACUCAGCAAAGUCUCAGAUCACUUCAGAGUCUGAGGUUUCUUUGUCUGCGGUAAAAGAAGACAUGGAAGCAGCCAAGCUCCAGUUAAAGGCUUUUUCUGUUACACUUACUGAGCUAAUCAGCAAAAUUGAUGGGAACGUGGCACUGGAGAGAUUUGACCGGAUCUUGAACGAGACAGCUCGCCGUCUGAGCAUGCUCCGAGGCAGCGUCGAAAGUCCGACAUUGGGCUCUAAGAUCCAGAAGCUGCAGUCUGCCGCAAAGGAGCAAGAGACCCGGCUGUCCCUCAUUGAGCAGGACUUACAGGAGAUCAGAGAGGAGCGAGACAGUCUGCGGGACAUUGCCUUAAAUCUGCCUCAGUCCUGUCCUCAGGCCACAGAAGUAGGAAAAGGCUAGAUAUUAUAGAGUCACUGUUAAGCCAGCUGAACAUCAGAAAAAUCAGGGAGGAUUUUUCUUAUAAAAGGGGCUGUGGUCAUUUUUUAAUCUGUUUGAAAAAGCCAUUUAAUAUCCUUUUUUUCCCCCCCAGGGUACAAUUUAUUUUACCUCCACACAUUUUCACCACAAGCAACAGACUUAUCCCCUUCCUCAAAUGAUUUAUCUUCCUCCUGCUAUUUUUUUCUACAGUUUUUUUCUCUCCCACUUUGUUUUUCAUCAACAGCAUCAGAAGUUUAAUUUCACCGUGAAUAAUAACCAGCCGUUCUGAACUGCUGGAGUGCACUGUCAAGUUAAAAAUAAUGCUGAUGUUCCUUUGUGGGUGUAAAAGGUGUGUCUGAGAGCUCCUCCAGUCUGACACAUUCAUUUACACUUGAGCUCUUUUCAUCAGCCUGGCUUAAUUAACAAUUAGUCCUCGUGGCUCAGCGGGGUUCAGGUCAGGCUUCAAUAGCACACAACCUGUGUUUAGGAUUCUUACAGUGCCUACCUCUCUGUUUUUAUGGCCCAUCCAGUUUUAUUUUUCUCUGUCUCACUGUUGAAUUGUUGAAACAUUUGGGCUGCAGUUGUCAAAAUCUCUGGCUCUUGCUGAUCAAAAUGUGAAUAAUAAUGUUGUCUUGAAAAGACUCUUGAAAAGAAUGUUUACCAGAAUUACAUAAGACAAAUGAAAACCUGUAAAAAUUCAGUCAUUACCAAGCCAUACUUGCAUAUCUUUAUGAAGUUAACUUUAAACCUAUUAAGAGCGUAGUGGACAUUCAUAGAAACCAUUUCACAAUAAGUUAUGUUUUAAAGGGUCAUUUUUAUACUAAAAGUGCCAGUUUUUUAAUCAACUCAGUGGAACUGGAGGAGCUACAAAAAGCCUGAAUUGGUUGAUUGUGGAUCAAGGAAGACAACAGAAAUAAAUACUAAGUUGUAAAACUUUUUUUGCUCUUUGGGAAUUAUUUCAACCUGAAU